AUGUUUAUAUGUGUAAUAUUCAUCAAUGUUCUAAUACAUUUAUGCAGUGGAUUUAGGAUCCCGGGAAGGGUAGAGGUGUGUCGAGUUAGCUUAAUUGGCGCAGUAGAGGAAGCGUUGAGAAUUUUUGGACCACCAAUAUACGUAAAACACGAAAUUGUCCACAACGAAGCCGUUUGUAAUCGUCUGAGGGCCAGAGGUGUAAUAUUUAUAGAAGAUUUGAACCUUGUUCCAGAGAAAAGCAUUUUAAUAUACUCCGCACAUGGAGUGUCGCCUGAAGUAAAAGAGAUGGCCAGGGCCAGAAACUUGGUAGAAAUAGACGCUUCUUGCCCUUUGGUGAACAAAGUCCACGUUUACGUUAAAAACAAAGCCAAGGAAGGGUACAAAAUUAUCCUAAUAGGGCACAAAAACCAUCAGGAAAUAAUUGGAACGAGCGGUGAGGCUCCGGAAGCUGUUACGGUUGUCGAGAAUGUGGCUGAUGUUGAAGCCCUGGACUAUCCCGAAGGAACUAAGCUUUACUACGUUACGCAGACAACUUUAAGUUUAGAUGACUGUAAGGAUAUUAAAGAAGCACUGGUUAAGAAGUACCCGCAAAUAGAGACCAUUCCCAGUGGCUCAAUUUGUUAUGCAACCACUAAUAGGCAAACUGCUAUCCACAAAGUAACAAAGCUUGUGGAUUUGGUCCUAAUAGUUGGAAGUACUCUUUCAUCCAACGCCAAAAGACUAGUGGAGGCUGCUUUGAACAGAAACAUAAGGUCAUAUCUUGUAUUUGACGCCAACGAUGUUACUGAAGAACUGGUUGGAUCAGCCAGAAAUAUCGCAUUAUCUUCUUCAGCUUCAACCCCUGAGGAUUUAACCUCUGCAGUGCUAGAGAAGUUAAAGUCUCCGCCCUUCAAUUUCCUCUUUGAGGAGUUUGAUGGAGCCGUGGAGAGAGUGCCUAACUGGAGGUUGCCAAGGUAA